AUGGUCAUCGAGGAGCCCGGGAAGUCCCCGGCCCUCACCGAGUGUGCCUUCGUGGACGACGACCAGGUCCUGCUGCGCAGCUAUGCAGUGGAGCCCAUAGUGGCGCUGGCUGCCUCGCUGGACGGGACACACUGCGCCGGUGGCGGCCAGUCUGGCACAGUGUACCUGUGGGAAGUCCCCUCUGGCCGCCUGCUGCGCUCAUGGCCUGCCCACUACAAGGCGGUGACGGCGCUGGCGUUCACCGAUGACGGUACAGUGCUGCUGAGCGCUGGGGAGGACACAGUGGCGUGCGCGUGGCUGCUCAUGGACGUGCUGGAUGACUCACCAGAGCAGGGCUCCGGCAUGCACGGGCCGCCCACCUUCCAGUCCUGGUCGGAGCACACGCUGCCCAUCACUAGCCUCUACUGCGGCAUGGGCGCCAACCCGAUCGUGGUGACUGCCUCCCUGGACCGCAGCUGCAAGAUCUGGAGCCUCUCACAAGGAGCGCUGCUGCGCUCCGUUUCAUUUCCGGUCUCCCUACACAGCGUGGCGGCCGACCCGGCGGAGCACGCGCUCUAUCUCGGUGGCGCGGACGGCCGCAUCUUUGAGGUUUCCCUGGCCGGCCCGCGGCCGGCGCCGGAUCCGACGGCGUUCCUUGGCAUACCUGGCACCGGCACCAAUUUAGUCGCAGGCUCUGGCGCCAUUUCAGGCAGUGAGGCUGGGGAGGGGAGUGUCAUGGAGGGGCAUGCGCGAUGCGUCACCUGCUUCGCGUGCACGACGGACGGCGGGCACAUGCUGUCAGGGUCGGAAGAUGGAACAGUGAGGGUGUGGGAGCUGCGCAGCCGGCAGGCGGUGAGAGUGAUAGCCAGCCCUGACAAGGCGCCAGUCACCGGGCUGCUGGUGCUGGACAGACCCCCCAGCCUGGCCUCUGGACAGGGCCGACACGGCGCUGCAUCCUCCUCAGACUCUGGCUUUCAGGCAAAGGGGCCCAAGCGGCCGCAGCCGUUGGCGCCGUUUUGCAAGUUCAUGGGGAUGGCGGGAGCGCUGCAGCCCUGGGAGGGGCCUCCACUGCUCCUAGACGGCAGCCAUGGCUACAGGGGUGACAUCCUGAGAGUGUGUCCUCUGGAGCGAGGCACGGCAGAGGACCCAGCAAGGGAAUCCUUUGGAGACAUUCCACAUCGUAGCAUGGCAUCUCCUGGCGCAACAGUAUUUUUGGGGUCUGUGGAGCAAGCAGCAGUGGGAGAUGAGGGGGGUGAAGUUGAUUUUCGAGCAGAAACUGAGGAGGUGAAAGAGCAGCUGAAGCAAGCUCUGGAAACAGCGCAGAAGUGGCAGGGGCUGCAUGCGCAGCUGCACCAGUUCUGUGUUGAACAGGUGCUGCCUGCGGCCAGCACGCCGGGCUGACAAUGUUCCAUGCAUGACAGGAGUAGUAUCACAGGUGUGUGUGCUCUGAGAUCACCAUCAAUCUUUGAUAUCCUGUGGCAGAAGUGUAAAUGUUUUGCACAUGUUGCCAAUGCGAGUCUUGGCACUGUGUAAUUU